AUGCCUUAUGGCCAGCGGCAUCUGUCGGAAAAGAGUCCUUUGCCUUUCUCGCAGCAUCGAGAUCAGCUUCAGGCUGACAUCGCACGCAUCCUCGCGCGGCUAGAACUAGUGGAGGCUCACCUGGGGCUCUGUGAAAAGCACCGGCCCCUUGUGGAGAACAGCAUGCAGGAGACCUCCAAAGAGGCAGAGCCGGAUGUUGAGGGGGGACAGAAGGCAGAACUUGGAAUGGCCAGCAGCGAUGAUUCCUGCGAAGGGUUGUCCGAAGUCCGUUUCGAAGAAAGUGCCUGGAGCAUUCCCGUGGUAGCAGGUUUGGCAGAAGAUGUCGGCUGGUUUGACAAGCUCUUCGCUGGCAUGCUGAUCAUCCUGAACCUAGGUAUGCAGGCUGCCUUUUCCGCGGUUCUCCUCACAGACGCUUGUCAAUUCCAUCCAUCCCUUUCUGUGGUGGAGAGUGCGAGGGUCUGGCGGACGAGUUUGGCCCACGACUAUAAGUACAUCGACUUGGCCAACACGAGCUUGGUGUCCAGAGUUUGCGCCGGAGAUGGCGCCUUAAUCUUGUCCACAACGCAGGCAACCCUGAUCGAGCAUAUCAACAGCUUCAUGGGAAUGAAGGAGUCGGACUUUCAACGCCCCAUGUUCCAGCCGGGUGUUCUUCUUUGCAUGCUGUGCAUCAUUUUGUGGAGCCUCUGCGUCUACAAGGAGUUCCGCCGAAUUUGGCUGCAGCUAGAAGCUGCAAGCACAAUUCCGAAAUCUCGAAGCACCCUUUUCCGCGAGAACGCGUUUGUCAGCAUGUCCUGGGGGCGCUUUUCGGUGCUCCUGACGACAUACCUCGCACGGGUUGCCAUCGCCUGUGUACUGCUGGUGGCCGGCAUACUAUGGCUAGCUCGCACCACCUCCAUCGAAGAGCUGAUGCUGAACGCAGUGGCUCUCAAUGCCAUCCUGGACGUCGAUGAAUUCUUGUUUGCCGGCAUGACGCCUGUCAGGGUCCAACGAGCCGUGCAGAACAUCAAGCCUAUGCGCAUCAAGUACAGCCGCCGUCGCAGCCAGUAUGAGUCUGGCGUUCAUUUAACCUCGCUGCUGGUGCUCGUCUUAACGUCUCACUUUGUCUUGCUGGCGCCGCUCACUGACACCAUGCUGGAUGUGAAGAACGAGCUUUGCGGAGGGAUCCAGACGUUCGUUGUCUCUUACAAUACAGAUACACAGCAAACGAUCGGCUUGGCAACUGCCCCCUCUCGCAAUGCCCGGAAUCUCUCAGCUACAGAGUUUGCAGUGCUAGUUCACAAAGACUCAUCGCCUGAUGCCAUCUCGGCAAACAUCAGGUUCUCCAGCGACGUAGACAUGUUCCGGGCAGACACGUCUCGAAGCAUGAAGGAGGAAGCCUCCAUGUUUCCUUUCUGUGCGGAGACCAUGGUUCUGAAUGAGGGAGGCCAGUGGCACACAGAUCCAGUUUUGCGACCUCUGACAGACAUGCUGCUUACUUCAGCGGCAAAUCAUGCAGGACUCCCAGGCAAACAAGGCUGCGAAGAGUUGCGGCACCUGUGCGACCAGCCCGACUCACGAUUGCUGCGUAUGAUGUGUGGAGAGACGUGUGGAUGCCUAGAUCCACUUGGAAUUGCUUGGUUUAGGGUUGAAGCUCAAGGUUGUUCUUCCGCUUGCCUUGAGAUCGGACGGCGGAGUUUGCAGAACCACACCUGCGAAGAUUCGCCCAUGGAUGAUCGAUGGCGCGCCUUCUGGACUGCAUACCCGACAGUCGUAUCACUUCAUGUAGGACAGGAGCUGGCGCACACGGCUGCCUUCCCAGAAAUGAACCAAACCAUGCACGCCAUGCUUAUUGCUGGAUGUCCAGCACUGUUGCAGCACCCGUCCGACUUCAUCACUGGAACCGUAUGGUGCAAGGGUCACCCUGAUCUGCUUCAGCCCUUGGCCCCCAUUUGUCCACAGACCUGCGGCUGCGACAAUCCCACGCCCGACCUUGCAAGCCACUGCCCUCCCCGAUGUAUCUCCGACAGCGCUUAG